AUGAGUAGCAAAACCGUGCGCGUGGCUGUCACUCAGUCUGAACCAGCAUGGUUGGAUCUUGCUGAGGGUGUCAAGAAGACAUGCGAGUUGAUCGAAGAAGCAGGAAAACAAGGGGCAAGCUUGAUUGCUUUCCCUGAAUGCUGGAUUCCGGGUUACCCUUGCUGGAUAUGGUCCCGCCUUCUAGAUGUUGAACUCAACGUUGCCUACGUGAAGAACUCCCUCCGGCUUGAUUCGGUCGAGAUGAAGGCGAUUCAGAAUGCAGUCCGAGCCCAUUCGAUCGCUGUCUCGUUGGGAUUUUCCGAGAAUGACAACAACUCCGUGUAUAUCUCUCAGGUGAUGAUUGGUCCAGAUGGAGUGUUGAAAUCACACCGUCGAAAGAUGAAGCCAACACAUAUGGAGCGUACCGUAUUUGGUGAUGCAUCAGGAGAGUGCUUUUCAAGCGUGUCCCAACUCCCGUUUGGACGAGUCGGCGCUCUCUCAUGCUGGGAGCAUAUCCAGCCACUACUGAAAUACCAUACAUUCUCUCAGAAUGAGGAUAUUCAUGUUUCUGCCUGGCCAAGCUUAACUCCUCAUACUGGAGGCUCGGACUUAUGGUCAAUGUCAAAAGAAGGUUGCCAAAAUCUGUCACGAACCUAUGCGAUCGAGGCACAGAGUUUCGUUCUCCAUUGUACAGCUCUGAUAACUGAGAAAGGUAUUGAAAGGAUGAAAACGUCUGGCGGGGCGCUGAUGUCUUCUCCUGGGGGUGGCAGCUCCGCAGUGUUUGGGCCAGAUGGCAGGCUGUUGUCAGAGCCCGUCGAGAGUACAACAGAAGCGAUCAUCUACGCCGAUCUUGACAUGGACCAGAUUAUUGGCACAAAGCUAUUCGCAGACGCGACCGGACAUUAUAGCCGCCCUGAUCUCAUGUGGUUGAACGUUUGUAAAGAAGUGAAGAAAACAAUCCGUGAUAAUACGACCGCGGAUCUGGUUAACGUGAUCGCUGGUGAUAUUUCCAGCCAGAAGUAG